AGCCGCUCGGCCGCCCGGCCCGGCCCCCAGCCCAGAGGCACCGGCCGCGGGAGCGAGCCAGCCGCCAACUCUGCCGCUGCGCUUGGCCGGCGUUCCGCACAGCGCCCCGCAAGCCCGCCGCGCCCCACUGAGUCUCGCUCUCCUGCCCGUCUGCGGCGGCGGCGGCGGCACUGGGGCGGCUCCUGCCGUCGGCUGUGUCCCUGCCCGCGCGCUCGCGCACCCCGGCGGCCCCACCAGGGGCGUCCACACUCACCUAUCCCGGCCGGGGAGGUACGCGGAGAGGGCGCGCCGAGGAGCCGGGGCCUCCCGCCUGUGCGGGGCGCGCGGCCUGGGGAGCGCCGGGACGGGAGACGCGGCCCGGAGACGCGCGGGGCUGCGCGGCGCUGGGCGGCCGCCGGGCUCCGGGCACCGCCGCGUCCCCAGCGUCCCGGCUGGCCCCACCGGGCGGCCUGCGGGGGCGGCGCGGUUGCGAAACUGAGUGCCUGUGAAGUCCUGCUAGGAUACCUGUCUGGUGCUCUACUUUCCUCAAGACUACCUCGUACCUGCCUCAGCUCAGAGAUUCCAAUGUGAUAAGAUUGCCUUGUCAGCAUUUCUGUAGCCAGGGACAUGACCUGACACCCUGAUGACCAGUCUUCGGGCCAUUUCAUGACCGUCUCGUGCACCAUGGAACUGAAAGUAUGGGUGGACGGAGUUCAGAGGAUUGUUUGUGGGGUCACCGAAGUCACAACUUGCCAGGAGGUUGUCAUAGCCUUAGCUCAAGCGAUAGGGCGAACUGGAAGGUAUACCCUUAUAGAAAAAUGGAGAGAUACUGAAAGACACUUAGCACCUCAUGAAAAUCCUAUCAUAUCCUUAAACAAAUGGGGGCAGUAUGCCAGUGAUGUACAGCUAAUUUUACGUCGAACAGGACCAUCUCUCAGUGAGCGACCCACUUCAGAUAGUGUGGCCCGAAUUCCUGAAAGAACUUUAUACAGGCAGAGUUUGCCCCCCUUAGCCAAACUGAGGCCUCAGAAUGACAAAUCAAUCAAAAGGAGAGAGCCUAAAAGGAAAUCAUUAACAUUUACAGGAGGUGCCAAAGGAUUAAUGGACAUUUUUGGAAAAGGUAAAGAAACGGAAUUUAAACAAAAGGUGCUGAACAACUGCAAAACAACAGCAGAUGAGUUGAAGAAGCUGAUCCGUUUGCAGACAGAGAAGCUUCAAUCCAUUGAGAAACAGCUGGAAUCAAAUGAAGUAGAAAUACGAUUUUGGGAGCAAAAAUAUAAUUCCAACCUUGAAGAGGAAAUUGUCCGCCUGGAGCAAAAGAUCAAAAGAAAUGAUGUAGAAAUUGAGGAGGAAGAAUUUUGGGAAAAUGAAUUACAGAUUGAACAGGAAAAUGAAAAACAGCUGAAGGAUCAACUUCAAGAAAUAAGACAGAAAAUAACAGAAUGUGAGAGCAAAUUAAAGGACUAUUUGGCUCAGAUCCAGACUAUGGAAAAUGGUCUUGAAGCAGAAAAACUGCAAUGGGAGGUUCAGGAGGCACAAGUCAAUGAAGAAGAGGUUAAAGGAAAGAUUGGUAAGGUAAAAGGGGAAAUUGACAUUCAAGGUCAGCAGAGUCUAAGGUUGGAAAAUGGUAUUAAAGCUGUGGAAAGAUCUCUUGGACAAGCCACCAAACGAUUACAGGACAAAGAACAAGAACUGGAGCAGUUGACUAAAGAGCUUCGGCAAGUCAAUCUCCAGCAAUUCAUCCAACAGACAGGGACAAAAGUCACCGUUUUGCCUGCCGAGCCAAUUGAAGUAGAGGCCUUACAUGCAGACAUAGAAAGGGAAACACCAUUCCAGUCUGGGUCUCUGAAGCGACCUGGUUCAUCUCGGCAGCUCCCCAGUAAUCUUCGUAUUCUACAGAAUCCUAUCUCAUCUGGUUUUAAUCCUGAAGGCAUAUAUGUAUAACAUCAUUUUUCUUUGGGGGAGAUACUCAGUGCCAAUAAAGGUACCCAGGACAGUAAAAUUCCUUCUUUGAUUUGUGCCAGUGACGAACAGAGGAGGUAUUUCACAAGCCACCAUAUCUUUUUUCUGUCCUAAAUUGCAUACCACUUGGAGCCAUACCCUGUGCACUGAUGCUAAAGAACAAAGAAACUGUGUUUUCACACAUCAAUAGUGUUGAUGUUUCUGUUCAGCCGUAAUGCAAAUGCAAAGCCUUCAUUUUUAUUUGUAACAUUUUGAAAGCAUUAGGAAAAGUAUUAUUCUGUGUAUAUACAUAAAUAAAACGACAACUUAGAGUGGAGAGAAAUGUCACUGACUUAGCUUAAUUUAUUGCAUAUAAUCAAUGGAUGUAUGAAUGUUGAUGUUUUAAGACUUUUUUUAAUUAAUACUUAUCCUGUGACUUAAUUACAUUAAAUAUUGUGUGAGUAUGACUUCAUAUGCAUGUUGCCAGGCUCCACCCAUACAUUGGUUUUACAACUACACCAGUGUCAUAGGGUGCUCCACCAUUGAAAGUAACUCCAGAAGAACCCACUUGGAUUUGUUCUUUGGACGUUUUCUAGGCAUUGCUUAAUUAGGUGAAAUAAGUCAGGGUGGUGGGGUUUUGUUUUAUUUUUAAUCUGGGAUUUAAUUUUUCCUUUACAAUAUCUCCAAAAUAUGAAUGGCCAUAUACUAGAACAGAAAUAUUUUCAUGAAGUAAAUUGUAUGUUUAAAAGGUUUGCAGUGUUUCAAACACUGAUAAACAAAAUGUGAUUGUUGAGUUUCUAUCCAAACACAUAUAGUGUUUCCUGUUGGAUUAUAUGUUUUGUUUCUACCCUGUCUUGUCAUUUAACUCUCAUGGAUCCUCAGAGUUGACUUAAAAUAUAAAGCAAAGAUACCUGAGGAUCAGGUUGUUCUACUUCGAGAAUGUUGCAUUUUAUGAUAUAUUUUUAAAAUAACCCACUUCAUAUGUUUUUAAAAUAACCCACUUCAUAUGUAUGCUUUAUUGGCACCCCUCGGUAAGUUAUUGCUUACACAUAAUUUAUCCUGUAUAUUAUGGACUAUUACAAUUUCUCCAAUCACUUAGGCAGAGAGAAACUAGAUUGGAGUUAGGUACUUUUUACCAAGGAAAUGAAGAUGAGCUUGUCUUUUACAGGACAUUACUCUCUUUGUUACAUACAUUUUUUUAUUCAUAAAACCAAAAAUGAGUAAACACCUUUCCCAUGAGUAAUAACUAAGAUUCACAAGUAAUCGCUAAACUGAUGUGAACAAACACCUCCUAGUCAUUUUUACAUUACCUCUGAUCAAAAUUUGGUACAAUAUAAUUAAAACAUUAAUCUGAAAUUUAAAGUCAUUUUUACUUCUGAGGAAAAUACAUUCUCUGUAUUAUUUACAUGCAAAAAAGUAGAAGUUGUUAAUAUACUGCCAUGGUAACAAAAGAAGUAGUAUGUUAUGUCUUGUGCAUGAAGGCAACUUUAGAUGUUUUUAACACUUUUUAUUUAAUUUUGGUUUUAUGAAUGCUGAGAAUGCUGCUAUAUUUAGGUUUCCUAUGAAAAGAUUUUAAGAAUGGCUCUGAAAAUAUAUAGAAGCUUCUAGAGACCUGAAAGUAAAAAUGCAGAGUUGCCUUUUGUAAUCCAGCUAUAUGGCAGACCUCAACUAAAGAUACUUUCUUUGGGUUCUUGGAGUCAUCAAGUUGACCUUGCCAUUAUACUAUUUUACAAAUGAUUCUUACCUAAUUAAUCACAACCUGUACACAUUUGUGCUCAAUUUAUAAUAGUUAUUUCAUACCUACAUAUAUUUUUAAUUAGGAUAAUUUAAAAAUCAAAAUAAUUUGUAGCUUUUGGGACAAUGAUUUAUGUAUAUCCAAAACAUGCCUUACUUGUAAAGGGUUCCAUCCUAUUCUGAGUCAUUUCAUUGUUGUUCAGAGAAAAUGAAAACUUAUUCAUAAAAAAUAUAUAUUUGCAAAUUGAUCACAUUCUAUUUAAAUCAAAAUGUUAAACUGAAGACAUAUUAAACUUUGUGAUUAUAAAUGGCAAAGGUGCCUUGGUAAGCUGUGAAAAAGUCACAGAGCUCUUUUCAAUAUCCAACUUUAUUGUUGUAAAUUAUUAUCACUACUAAUCUAAUAACUUGAAAGAAGAAAUAACAGCAUCCUUCCAACUUGUAGUCAUCUUGGGUUCCCUUGCAGUUUCACAGGUAACCUUUCUAACAACUUCCUCAGAAUUUUAAAGCUGCCAAAUAAUCUUCAUGGAUCUAAUUACAGGUAAAAAUACUGUUUCCUAGAUGGAUAGAGUAUAUAUAUGUGAAUUUGACAAAUGCAUUGAGCAGCUUACUUUUUAAUCAGUUAUAUUACUUCUGGAAGCAUGUCUCUGAGGAAUAUUUUUAAGUCUUUUUUUCAAAAAGAGAAAUACUCGUUACCCCAGGACAGCUUAAAAUAUUUUAGUCUACUCCUAAUCACUUUUAUCUACUGUGAAUACAAAUGAGUUAGAUUAAGUUCCACAUCUUUAGAUAAAUUCAAAGGAGGGAGUGGGCCAUAGUAUACAAAAAUAUCAAAUAUAAAAUUUUGCAUACACACACACACAUACUGCAAGUUGUUUCAUAGUGACUUUCUAUAAGUAAUAGAAAAUACUUUUUUUCCUUAAGAAAUAAUUCGGAAUAGCAUCGGUAUACCUGACCUUUUAAGUCUUCAUUAUCUUCAGAGAAUGAUCCACAGCAAUUUGCCUCAGUGCUUUUGCUCUCCUUACAAGAAAUUUUUCUUUGUUAGCAUUUGUUUUUUAAUCUUGGUGUACAGGGAUUUAUAAGGGAAACUUAGUAAAUAGGAGUUACCCAUUUAAUUCCCUCAGUCAUUAAUUAUGUCAUCAAUUCCCAUACUUCAAAUUAGUUACCAAUUAGAACUAAAACAUGAUAAAGUAAAUAUGUUAGGAUUUAUGAUGUUAAAGGUGAAAUAUAACAGUAUUUAAUAUGAACAAGUACUUCUACAGCAUAAAUAAAAUUUGGACCUGCAUUAAAAGAAUUUUCUUUGUGAAUAAAAGCAAAAUGGUCUUUAGAGAAUAGAAACUUCAUUUAAAGCCAUUUCUGUGAACAUCUUUCCAAAUUAGAACUAUAAUAACAGAUUGGGGAAAUAAUAUGAUAAAGGUGAAAACUUUGAUUUCAGGCAUGCAAAGGGUAUGGCCAAAUAGAUGGGCAGUUCUGGUGUGCAUUGCCUUUGAAAAAUUGGGCCUUAAUUUCUAUGUAAAUAACAAAGCUAUGUUCACAUCCCUCUUCUAUCUAAAGUUAUCUUUAUUAGUCUAUAUUGUAUUAAAAUUUAGUUAUGUAUUACUUUUAUAUUAUGUCCAUUUUUUAAGUUGCAUGUUUAUACUAUUUGCUACAGUAUUUUGAAGUUUGGGGUAAAGGCCAUGAACUGUAUGGAAAAGACAAAACAAUCCCUAUUUAUUCAGUAUUGCUGCUUUACAUUUCCAGAAUAAGCUGUUGAUGCCAGGACAGUGACUGCUUGAAAGCUUCAGGAGCUCUAUUCCAAUGCAUUUUAUAUAUUUUUAGAAGCCAAAUACAUGCAGAUAACUAUUUAGUAUACUAAUUCUAUUAAACCAGCAGAAAUAUAAAGGCAAUAAAGUAUAUACAUAUAUAUAUAUGGGGAGGGGAAAGAUUAAAAUAUAGAUUUACAGCCAAACAUGGUGUCAGCCCUAAAUGUAUUUCUCAAUCUGUCUCUAUCAUCCUUAGAAGGAUUUGAGUUGCUGCAGCUUUAAACAGAAAAUUGCAGUGUUCACUAAUUGUGGACACAUAAAUAUGCUUUUAGUACUGCUUUGCUUAUGUACAAAUAAAUCUGUAAUCUGUAUUAUAUGUAAUUAUUUUUUUGACUUCCAUUUCAAAAUGUAUAUUUUCUGACAUGAGCUGUAAAACAACGGAUCAAUAGCUGAUAUUCUCCCCACAUAAUAAAUUUUCAGGAUUCAU